AUGAGUAUUAUGGAAUACAAUGGAGGCAGUGUGGUGGCAGCCAAGGGCAAGAACUGCGUCGUCAUCGCAUCAGAUCUUCGACUCGGCCAGCAGGCAAUGACGGUCGCUUGCAACUUUGACAAGGUUUUCCGUGUUACCGAAAAGACGUACGUUGGCCUGCCAGGCUUGGCAUCCGACGUUGCGACGCUCAAAGAGCGCUUUCGAUACCGUGUCAACAUGUACAAGAUGAAGGAAGAACGAGACAUCGAACCAGAGAUUUUUGCCAAUCUCGUCAGCUCCACCCUUUACGAGCGAAGAUUUGGACCGUACUUUAUCGAGCCAGUUAUUGCCGGUAUCAACUCAAAAGACGAACCAUUCAUCGCGGCAUCGGAUGUGGUGGGAUGCCUCAAUUUUGCAAAGGACUUCGUAGUCAGUGGUACAGCAUCCGACAAACUCUUCGGUAUGGCAGAGGGCCUCUGGGAGCCGGAUCUGGGACCAGAGGAGCUCUUUGAGACAGUGUCGCAGAUCCUCCUCGGUGCGCUCGAGCGUGACGCAUUAUCAGGAUGGGGUGCCGUAGUCAGGAUUAUCACUCCUGACAAGGUAAUCGAAAGGACGCUCAAGGCGAGGAUGGAUUGA